CCAGAUUUGACGGAAAGAAGCGGAAUCGGCAGCACUGGUUAUGAUUAGCAAACAGCUGAUUGGUGUUACGCGACGAUUUACGGAAGGAAAAUUGGUCAUUAAUUGUCGGUUUUCUGUAUUAACCAAGGAAAAUGCUGCGAACCCUACUCACAGGCGCCCUGCGCGGCGUGUGUCGUGUUCCGCCGGUAGCGCCGCUGGUGCAACAGACACAACGUGCCUGUUUUGGCCAGCUAAUGACAACAAUUCAGAAGCCCAGCCUCCUGUCCGCCCAUACACUAGCACCAGCCUCGUUGCAGCUCCUUCAACUGCCCGCUCUGGGAACUACAGGAUCACCGCCGCCCGUACGCAGCGUUACUAAAUUCUCACUCAUCAAGGGCAAACGCAAGACGGUGAAGGCAGUGUUGAAGCGUUUCAAACGUCUCGACUGGGGCGCCUGGAUCCGCACACACUCCGGUCGCCAGAAGAAGCUGUUCAAGAAGUCCAACGCCCUGCGCCGCCGGCUACGCCAGCAUGUCUUCACCAAUGCCACCCAGAGCUGGCUGCUGGACAAGAUGGUAACGGACUUUUGGCGCCGCCCCAAGCACUACAUCGAUGAUCCGUAUGCACCAUACCACAAACGCGACGAGUACUUUGCCACCAAAUCGAAAGCAUUCAAAGUCUAACUCUUGAUUAAAUGCAAUUAAUUCGUUACAC